AUGAAUCUCCAUUUCAUGCAUCAAGCAGCUCUAGCAGAUGAGAAUCAAUGUGUUGUUGACAUGAAAACUCCAUCAUCAUGGAAUGAUUCAAGAGGAAACUGGGGUGGAUUUGUCAACAACAACACAUGUGCACAAGCACUAGAAACAUAUUUAUACGCGUUGGCGAAGAACGCCAACAAAACCGGGGAAAUAUUCCUGAACCGCACACAGCGAAAGGCCUGUCUGAGUUCAACAAACAUGACUGAGAAAACCUGUGGCAUUGAGAGGCUAAUUAGUGGGACAAAACCGGGGAAACAUAUUUACUCAGUGAAAGACGUUGUUAACGAGCAAGCAACACAGCUGCAGAAUUUGGAUCAAGGCUGCAAUGAAGGGUGCAGCUCUUGUUUGAAGAGGUGGGAGCAGAUGGAUUUUUCAUCGGCCAGUAAUAGCUCGAUCGAAGAAGAAGAAGCCGAUAUCUGUAGGUUUUCGGUUCUUGUUUCACUUACUAGUAGAAGGGCUAGUGACAUGGAAUGGAUAGAUUCAAUCUACACCUUCCUUGGAGAUGGAAUUCCAUUAGCUGAUGAGGAGAAACAAGAAAAGAAGAUGACCUUAACUAAAGGUAUGAUACUAAAAAGGAAUAAAUGGCCUGUUUUUUGGUGAUUGAUGAUUGUUGAUUACAGAUCUUGAAAUUGUGGCUUGUGGU